AGCUUCAUAAGAUGUUGAUGGGUGUAGUGAGUGAGUGUGAUGGUGGUUGCGCGAUGGUGGUGGACUGGUGGCCUUUGCUUUGUUGGGUUGUGGCGUCUGGUGGCGAGUGGCCCCCUCGUCAGCAGGUUGUCGUCUCCCUUUCUUGGCCUUGGCUUAUUGGCCUGGAUAUUAUUCCCUCUUUUCCGCCAUAUUUUGCUCUCUCUCUCUCUCUCUUUUUUGCAGUGGUAUAUGCGCCGUGCAUUUAUUAGUAUCGCAUUGCCGCUCAGGUUGGUGUGGAGGAGCGCUGGGCCGUACGUAGGUGGAGUCGAGUCGUGUUCGUUGGGUGAGGAGGAGGCACCCGUCCCUGGGCUCCUCCUCCAUUGCCGACCUCCGCCGCUGCCGCACCUCUCCUUGCACAAAUGGCCGACGGGAGCACCCACUGAAAUUUGCAGAACGUGCGCCCCGCAGAUGGGUGACGUCGCCAAGGACCUGGCCGCCGGCACGGUGGGCGGCGCGGCGCAGCUGGUGGUGGGCCACCCGUUCGACACCAUCAAGGUGAAGCUGCAGAGCCAGCCCACGCCGCCGCCGGGCCGGCCGCCCCUCUACGCCGGCGCCGGCGACGCCGUCAGGCAGACCCUGGCCGCCGAGGGGGCCCGGGGCCUCUACAAGGGCAUGGGCGCGCCGCUCGCCACCGUCGCCGCCUUCAACGCCGUCCUCUUCACCAUCAGGGGCCAGAUGGAGGCCGUGCUGCGCUCCGAGCCAGGCGUGCCGCUCACCGUUGGCCAGCAGGUCGUUGCCGGCGCCGGCGCGGGGGUCGCCGUCUCGUUCCUGGCGUGCCCCACCGAGCUCAUCAAGUGCAGGCUUCAAGCCCAGAGCGCCUUGGCAGCGGCCGCUCCCGCCGCCGCCGCUGCAGGCGCAGGAGGCGCUGCCGCCGCCACCGUCGCCGCCCCAGCCGUGGCCGUGAAGUACGGCGGCCCGAUGGAGGUCGCGAGGCACGUGCUCAGAUCGGAGGGCGGCACGCGCGGGCUCUUCAAGGGGCUCUUCCCGACGCUGGCGCGCGAGGUGCCCGGCAACGCCAUCAUGUUCGGCAUGUACGAGGCGAUCAAGCAGGCCCUCGCCGGCGGGCAGGACACGUCGCAGCUCGGCCGGGGCUCGCUGAUCCUGGCGGGCGGGCUCGCCGGCGCCUCCUUCUGGGGCCCCGUGUACCCGGCCGACGUGGUCAAGAGCGUGCUCCAGGUGGACGACUACAAGAACCCCAAGUACUCGGGCUCCAUGGACGCCUUCAGGAAGAUCCUCGCCGCCGACGGCGUGAAGGGCCUCUACAAGGGGUUCGGCCCCGCCAUGUUGCGCAGCAUGCCGGCCAACGGCGCCUGCUUCUUGGCGUACGAGGUGACCAGGUCCGCGCUAGGGUGAUGAUCGGUUGCGUGCUAGACUGAUGGCACCGUUUCAAUGCCUUGUGAUCUUUGUUUCCCACCUCUACUGAUCCAUGUCAUGAUGGCGAUGAUGAAUUGAUGAUAAUGAUGAUCGUGUCGAUUGUCGAGAUCAGGUCAAUUCCCCUGUGAAGGAGAGUUUAUUUACAAAAUCUGCAUUAACUUU